GUGUAUGUGGUGCGACGAUUCGUUGAUACAACAAAAAAAGAAGAAGUUCGUCGUCCUAGCCACGUCUAUGUGUGCGUGAUUUCGUAAUCGAUCGUAACAGAGUAGUCGCAUCGGCGUUACACAAUGGAGUGGCUACUGCGAGUGAUGCUAGUGGUGCUCGGUGUGCUAGUGGCGACCGUUGCCAGGGUGACAGUCGUAGAGGCACGCUCCAGCUAUCUCAACCGGAUGGAGAUGGCACCGCGAGGGUGCAAGUGGCAACGAGUGCUGGACGAGAUGGCCGCUGGCAGUGGUGAUGAGGAUGGGACCGGUGCCGGUGGUCCAGCGACCGUCACGACGGUGCUUUCCUGCAAGCUGAAGACGAUCGGUGGUACGGAUACGUUGAUGCGGAAUCUGACCGCGGGCCAGAUCGAGCGCAUCAACGCCCUGAAGCUCGAGUGCAGCGACAUCCUGUUCUUCGAGAGUUCGCUCGAGGCGAACCAGCAUUCGGGCGCGUUUCUCGGUUCGCUCAAGCGACUCCGGGAUCUGAAGAUCGAGUACUGCAAGAUCAAGUACGUGCCUUCGAUGGUGCUGUCAACGUUGCGUGACCUCCGGUCACUGUCCCUGCGCACCCACAACACCGACUGGUCCGCGAUGAACCUCGAGUUCCAUCCGGAAAGCUUCCGCGGUUUGACGGAGCUGAAGCGGCUCGACCUGGCCGACAAUAACAUCUGGGCCCUGCCAACCGACGUGUUCUGUCCGCUGUUCUCCCUGCGGCACCUCAACCUAACCCGUAACCGGCUAACGGACAUUUCGCAGCUUGGGUUCUCCGAUUGGGGCAAUGGUCCUACGGCACCCGGGAAGGCCUGCAAUACCGGUCUGGAGGUGCUGGAUCUAUCCCACAACGAUCUACUGUCACUGCCCGACAACGGACUGUCCUCGCUGCGCUCACUGAGCGUGCUGAUGCUACAGGACAACCUGCUGACGGCACUGGCCGACCGGUCCUUUGUCGGACUUGGUUCCCUCCGGGUGCUGAACAUGUCGAGCAACAAGCUGGUGGCACUCCCACCGGAAACCUUCCAGUCACCCCGGGAACUGCGCCAAAUCUAUCUGCAAAACAACUCCCUUUCGGUGCUGGCACCGGGACUGCUCGAGGGGCUGGAUCGUCUGGAGAUACUGGAUCUCUCCCGCAACGAGCUAACCUCCGAGUGGAUCAACCGGGAUACGUUCGCCGGCCUGAAGCGGCUCGUCGUCCUGGAGAUCAGUCACAACGCACUGACCAAGAUCGAUCGCCACGUGUUCCGGGAGCUGUACAGUUUGCAGAUCCUAAACCUCGAGGCGAACCGCAUCGAAUCGAUCGCGGACAAUGCGUUCAGUGAUCUGAAGAACUUGGUCGCCCUCACGUUGUCCCACAAUCGGUUGAAGCGCAUCGAGCAGCACCACUUCUCGGAGCUGUACGUCCUGAACCAACUGUACAUCGAAUCGAACCUCAUCGAGUCGAUGCAUGGACGUGCGCUCGAGAAUUUGACCAACCUGAACGACCUUAACCUCAACGACAACCGGCUAACGGAAAUUCCGGAGGGACUCGGAAAGCUGCGGUUCCUGAAGUCACUCGAUCUUGGCAAAAACCACAUCACCACCGUGAACAACGCAUCGUUCGAGGGGUUGGAGCAGCUGCUUGGGUUGCGGUUGGUCGAGAACCGGAUUACGAACAUUUCGCGUGAUGCUUUCGUGACGCUGUCGUCGCUGCACGUGCUCAAUCUGGCCUCGAACCAGAUCCGCCACAUUGACCAGUCGGCUUUCAGUGGCAAUCCGACGAUACGGGCGAUCCGGCUGGAUAACAACGAGCUGGAGGAUAUUAGCGGUGUGUUUACGUCGCUACCGGCACUCGUGUUUCUGAACGUGUCCGACAACCAGAUCCGUCUGUUUGACUAUUCGCACUUUCCGGUGUCACUCGAGUGGUUGGACAUGCACCAGAACAACAUCAGCGAGCUGGGGAACUAUUACGAUCUGAACAAUCUGCAGAUUAAGAUGCUGGACGUGUCGUUCAAUCGGUUGACGGAGGUGGACGCAAAGUCGGUUCCGGAUAGUAUCGAGACGCUGUUCCUCAACAACAACCUGCUGGAAUCGGUAGCGGCCGGUACGUUCCUGAGUAAGCGCAACCUGGAGAAGGUCGUCCUGUACGGGAACUACAUCCGGAAGCUGGAGAUUGGUGCACUGGCGUUGACGCGCGUCGCAGAGGAUCGUGAGGUGCCACUGUUCUACCUGGGCGAUAAUCCGAUCCAUUGCGAUUGUACGAUGGAGUGGCUGCAGGGUAUCAACAAGUUGGCUCAUCUGCGCCAGCAUCCACGUGUUAUGGACCUCGAUACGGUGAUGUGCACGAUGGAGCAUGACCGGGGUGCCAGCAUUCGACCGCUGAUGGAACUGAACGCACAGGACUUCCUGUGCCGGUACGAGACGCACUGCUUUGCCACCUGUCACUGCUGUGACUUUGAUGCGUGUGACUGUAAGAUGACGUGUCCGGAUCGGUGCAGUUGCUAUCACGAUCACACCUGGAAGACGAACAUUGUGGACUGUGGAGCGGCGGAUUAUACCGAGGUACCGGAGCACAUCCCGAUGGACGCUUCUACGAUCUAUCUGGAUGGAAAUGAGUUGCAGCAGCUCGGUAGUCAUCAGUUCAUCGGGAAGAAGAAGCUGGAGGUGCUGUAUCUCAACGGGAGUAACAUCCGGAAUGUGCACAACAGGACCUUUAGCGGAAUACCGAGUCUGCGAGUGUUGCACCUGGAGAGCAACUACAUUCCGGAGCUGCGUGGCUACGAGUUCGAUCAGUUGACCAAUUUGAAUGAACUGUACCUCGAUCGGAACGCGAUCGGCUUUGUCGGUGGUCAAACGUUCCAGAAUCUGCGCUUCCUGGAGGUGGUCAAUCUGAGUGGCAACCGGAUCAGCGAAUUCCGGCCAUGGGUAGCGUUUGCGUCGGCCCGCGAAACUGGCUCGCUGCGGCGGGUGUCCCUCGAGGGUAAUCAGUGGCGGUGUGACUGUGAGUCACUCGGUCGGUUGCAGCGUUGGAUCCGGGAGGUGACCGGAGAGUACGAUCUGAACCGUAUGGCCUGUGCGGACAGUCGGAUCGUGGCCGAUGCGCUCGCCAGUUGCUCCGAGAACCGGUUGGACUUUGGUGGUGUUCUCGGUGGUGGUGGUGGUGGUGUGGAUCUGAGUGGUGAUGGUGAGGAAGCACCACCGUCCGUUCACCGUACGGUGCUGAUGGGCCACGGGCUCAUUGGUGGUGGCUAUGUGCCGCUGUUGGCCGCCGUCGUCGUUGCCAUCAUCGGAACAGCGUUGAUCGUUGCGUUGGCCUGUGUGUUCCGGCAGGAUGUGCGGUUAUGGGCACACGCCCGGUACGGUGUACGGCUUGUGAAGGAUCCAAUCAUCGUGGCCAGCAAGGAGGACACGGAUCGGCUGUACGAUAGCUACGUGGUGUACAGUGUGCACGAUAACGAGUUUGUCGGUCGUCUGCUCGGUGCUGAGCUGCAGCUGUACGGAUACUCCGUUUGUCUGCACCAUCGUGACGUUCAUCCGGGGGCGUUUCUGGCCGAUUCACUCCAGAGUGCGGCCGAUGCCGCACGGAAGGUGAUCCUCGUCGUCUCGAUGAACUUCCUGCAGAACGAGUGGUCACAGCCGCAGUUCCGGGUGGCGCUGCAGUCGGUGAUUGAGAACGUGCGGCCGGCUCAUCGGCGGCACAAGAUCGUGAUCGUGCUGACGGCACCGAUCGAGCUGGUGUCGCUCGAUCCCAUCAUGAACCUGCUGAUCCGCACGUGCACCGUGGCGUGCUGGGGUGAGCGUAAGUUCUGGGAUAAGCUGAGGUACGCGCUACCGGACGUAAGUAAGGACCGGACGCCCAAGAAGCUGGGAGACAUUACGCGCAGUCCGAAUCUGCGGUAUACGCCUGCACCGACGUCGCUGGAUCAGUGGUGCAAGCUUGGUGGUGCUGGUGGAGCUGUUCUCGUUGGUAAUGGCGGGGGCGAUGGAAUGAUUGUCGGUGGUGCACCGAUUGGUGGACCACCGGGUGGUCCGGUGGCCGUCCCGCAGAGCACCCCUUCGCAGAGCACCUGCAACACGGAGGAUGAAUCGUCGUCCGCUUCGUCGCAGCACUACGAAGCUCCGGUGAGCCAGCACUACAAUGGUAGCCGCUCGAGUGCCUCGCUGGGACACGUGUACUCCACGAUACCCGAGACGCCCCAGAUGGGACGCAACGGAAGAGCUUAUUUCGUGUAAAACCAGCGCGUCCACAUUUGUACAUUCGAACUGCAGGUACGAGAAGGUGCGUAGAGAGCGCGAAGCAGUUAAACAAGUUACUAAAAGCUAGAUCGAUAAGUUAAAGACAACUAUUAUACACAAACUGAGACACACCGAGUCAGCCAAGUCACAGGCGCAGCAGUCCCACACAGAGAGAGAGAGAGAGAGUCACUGGCACUCGACAGGGAUGGAAAGUCAAUUUUUGUUGAAUUUAAGUUUCCAACUCUCGGUAUAUAAGAUGAUAAGGACACUAGGACCCUGUAAGAAGACACGCGCAAGACGCUUCCUAUGUAAGCGACCGUUAUGCUACCCCGUUUGCGUAUCUAUCUAUGUAUAUGUUAUCAUAAUGCUGCUCCCGUGCCCUCCCUCCACGUGUCGCCUCUCUUGAUUUGCCAAAUAUUACUUUCCACUACUCGUCUCUCAGUCUACGUCUACGUCUACUUACUGCACAUCUUCUUGUGCAUGAGAUGGAGAAAAAGAAGAGAAAUAGGGAGAAGGAGGAGGAUGCUGGAUGAACUGGAUGUAGCACCCACACUACUAUAGGCACUACUAUUGACUUAAAUGAUCGUGAUACUAGUUUUAUAUGGCCUUUACGACCCAGUCUCCCACGAAGAAGCGAGCGGAAGUAGCAGAUAGUUGAAGAAGAAGAAGAAGGAAGCGGAUUAAUUAGUUCCAAUAGAAUCCCCGGGAGCACCACACAGCACAGUAUCGACGGCACUACGUCACUUCUACUA